AUGUUUUAUAGAGCGGUCGUCGUUGCCGACCCGUUGGCUCGAUCGCUCAUUCGCGCGAGCCCUCGUCGAAGCCUUAAGCGUUCCCGAUACAACCAGCCCGCGUGUCGCUAUUCCUCAACAGCUGCCUCCGCCUUACAUACGAACUUCCAAGAGCCUCCGCUGCCCAACAUCGCACCCGAGAAGAAUGUGACAUCCCCACAAACGCUGACGGAGAAGAUCCUUCAACGCUAUUCGGUCGAUCUUCCGAAGGGCAAGGUUGUCCGAAGCGGCGACUACGUUCAGAUUCGACCUCACAGAUGCCUCACACACGAUAAUACCUGGCCUGUGGCCAUGAGAUUCAUGUCCACAGGUGCCACCAAGAUCAAGGAUCCUUCUCAGCUGGUCUUUGCGCUUGAUCACGAUGUACAGAACACGAGCCCCAGUAACUUGAAAAAGUACAAGCAGAUACAGGAGUUUGGCAAAAAGCAUGGCGUCAACUUUUUCGGUGCAGGUCAUGGGAUCGGCCACCAAAUCAUGGCAAGUUUCUCCGCCUCGAAUUCAUACCAGGAAUCCCACAGCAACAUGUACGGAGCUCUGGCAAGCUUGGGAGUUGCCUUGGUCAGGACCGACGCCGCCGGAAUAUUCGCUACUGGGAAGAGUUGGUUCCAGUGUCCCCCGGUCGUGCAAGUGAAUCUUCUCGGCACACUACCCCCAGGUGUCCGCGGGAAGGAUGUUAUCAUUGCGCUUUGUGGGCUCUUCCCACUGGAUGUGCUGAACCACAGCGUUGAAUUUGUGGGAUCGGAGGAAACCAUGGCUAGUAUUCCCAUGGACGACCGUCUGACAAUCAGCAAUAUGUCGACUGAGUGGUCUGCAACAUCUGCAAUGUUUCCGAUGGACACGACACUUGAACGUUGGCUCCGAUACAAGGCUACAGAGGCAGCAAUGUUCCCAGAUCGGACGACUCGACAACGAAUUACACACGAAAUGGUUGACGAACUAUUUGCCAACCCUCUUCGAUCUGAUCCCGGAGCGCAUUAUGCAAAGAAACUCUACCUUGACCUCUCUACUCUGUCGCCUUACAUCUCGGGACCUAACUCGGUCAAAAUCUCGACACCCCUGCAUGACCUCGCUAAACAAAACAUCAAGGUAGACAAGGGAUACAUCGUAAGCUGCACCAACUCGCGAAGCUCGGAUCUGAAGGCUGCAGCCAACGUAUUUCAAGCUGCCGCUAAGUCAAAUGGCGGCAAGAUUCCCAAAAUUGCAGACGGCGUUAAGCUAUACAUUGCAGCAGCUUCAGCCAGAGAGCAGGCUAUUGCCGAGGAUGAAGGUAGCUGGCAGACCUUGGUUGAGGCUGGAGCCACCGUGCUCCCACCCUCAUGUGGCCCGUGUAUCGGACUGGGCACGGGUCUGCUAGAGGAUGGCGAGGUGGGAGUUUCUGCAUCCAACCGCAAUUUCAAGGGCCGGCUUGGAUCAAGACUGGCCCAUGCAUACCUGAGCAGCCCCGAAGUCGUGGCCGCCAGCGUCCUGAACGGCGUUCUUUCAGGUCCUGGUGUGUACGAGGUGCCGGAGAACUAUAGCGGCGUACAGCACGGUUACGGCACCGGAAAACCUGCAACAAUCGAAAACGAGCUCGACAAUGCCCUUGAGCAGCUCGAGUCUCUAAUCGACAGGGUUCAGACGACUGCUCAAGUCGGCGACGAUGAUGCCCAAGCAGUCACGAAGAUCCUCCCAGGCUUCCCAGCCAAGAUAAGCGGUGAAAUCCUCUUCGCCGAUGCUGACAAUCUUGACACCGACAACAUAUAUGCGGGCAAAUAUACCUAUCAAGACGACAUGACGACGGAAGACAUGGCAAAAGUCUGCAUGGAGAAUUAUGACCCAGAGUUCAGGUCGAUCGUAAAGCCCAACGAUAUCCUCGUCUCAGGGUUCAAUUUUGGAACUGGCUCGUCGAGAGAGCAAGCCGCAACAGCUCUUCUGGCCAGGCACAUCCCACUUGUUGUGGCAGGCAGCUUCUCCAACAUUUUUGUCCGGAACGGCAUUAAUAAUGCACUGCCGUGUCUAGAACUGCCACGUUUGGUGGAGCGUCUUCGAACUGUCUUCCCAGAAAAGGUGCCUACCAGGCGUACAGGCUGGACCCUGACAUGGGAUAUCUCCCGGAGCACGAUUGAGGUACAGGAAGGAGAAAAUGGGGAACGGUGGGAGCAGAAGGUUGGAGAAUUUCCCGAGAAUCUUCAGGAGAUUGUGGCAAAGGGGGGGUUGGUAGGAUGGAUCAAGGCUGAGCUUGCGAAGGCUUCCUGA